GGUGCUUAGGUAGAGCUUUUGGGGAAAUCUUAGUCUGAAGAGUUUGAUUUCCGAUGGCUUGACAUACAAGCAUUUAAAAAAUAGGCGGGAAAUGAAAGGUGGAGACUUGGGAGAUUGAUAGAAGAGUAUAUCAAGUUUAUAUCGAAACCAAACUUUCACAUUGUUACUAUUUUUACCUUAAAUAUAGCUACUAUUAGAGUAGCGAAAUUUACGCUUGAAAGACGCACAGAGCGUUUUCCUUAAUUCUUAAUGAGACAUCGUGCGAAAUGCGGAGUAUAGGGAAUAAUGUUUGUGGUACAUACCACUAACUAUAGAUACAUUUUAUGCAGAGUAUCCAACAAACAAUCAAUAAGGAGAGAUAUAUCCUAAACAAACGUAUUUGUAGUUAUACAUACAUCAUAUUGUAGGAAAAAAGAAGAUGGAGGAGGUAUUAGACUCAUUAAAUGUAAAACUAAGAGCAGUAAAUAAAGUUCGAGAUUUGAUUAAUGAAUAUAAAACAUUAUGUACAGAUGAAGAACGUAUAGUAUUUACCCUUAAUGUUAUGUUAGAAUAUAAUAUUAUUCCUAAACCAUGUGGAGAUAUAAAGAAUGCGAAGCAAUCUGAAAGAUUCAGAGACCAAGGUAACAAACUAUUUGUUUCAACAUCGUUAGAAAGUCAUACUUGUAUAGAAGCACUGAAAUUAUAUACUAAAAGUAUAGCUUAUGCUCCUUAUCCAUCACAACAGCUUGCUAUUGCAUAUGCCAAUAGGUCUGCUGUUUUAAUAAAAUUGCAUAAAUAUGAAUUAUGCGUCCAAGACAUAGAUAGAGCAUUAACAAUGUCACAUCUACUUCUAAAGAAUAUAUGUGCUAAACUUUAUGUUAGAAAAGUUGAGUGCUUAACUAUGAUGAAAGAUCCUCACAUGGAAGAUGUUAUAAAAGAAGUACAAAGUUGUUUGGAAAAUCUGUCUUUAGAUAAUGAGAUUAAAAAAAAAUUAGAUAUCAAAUUAAAUUCUGCAAAGAAUGUGUCAGUAUAUCAAGAGGUUAAAAAGGAAAACAUUAUGACACAAUUACAACAUCCAAAAAUAAUAACAUAUAAUGUUGAAAUUCCUUGUGCUUCUGAUGCUGUAGCUAUAAAAUAUAAUACAGAAUAUGGUAGACAUAUUGUGGCUACCAGAGAAAUAUGUCCUGGUGAAAUAAUUGCAAAAGAAAAGCUUUAUUGGAUGCUUUUAUCUCCUGCUAACUUGCUUACACAUUGCUCAAAUUGCUUAGAGGUAUCUUGGGCUAAUAUACCUUGUGAGAAUUGUACGUAUGCUAUGUAUUGUUCAGAGAAAUGCAAGUCCAUGGAAUGGGAAAAGUAUCAUGAUGUUGAAUGUGCAGUAUUUCCUUCUAUGUCAAAAAUGAAUUUUAGUAAAUUAGACCUACUGAGUCUGAGGCUUGCAAUUCAAGCUGUAAGAGAUGCUAAAAGUAUGCAAGAACUAAGAGAAGAGUUAAUAGAAGUUGAUAGUUGUGACAAUCCUCGUAUAAAAGGUUUUACAAAAGAUGGAAUUUAUUCUAGUAAUAAAUAUAGAAGUAUAUUAAGUCUUGUGACUCACACUGAUGAACGUUCAGUACAUGAUCUUUUUAGAAGAUCAUUAGAUGCAAGCUUUAUUUUAUAUUUCAUUGCAACAUGUACUAAUAUGUUUGGGAGUCCAUUAAGCAAAAAUUUAUCUGUGUUAAUAAAAAAUAUUGAUGUCAUAUUUGUUGGUGGUCUUAUAAUGAGGCACCAGCAGUUGAUACCUAGUAAUGUACAUAGUGUAUAUUCAAAAUCUAACUGUAUAAUUAUUUAUACUAUGUAUCCUAUUAAAACGGGUGAACAAUUAUUUGAUAAUUAUGGUCAACAUUAUGCAAUUACAUCAAAAGCCAUAAGACAGCAAGAAUUAAAACUCUUUGUGAUCGUUUUGAUUAUGAAUAAAUACAUAGUGGAUAAACACAUAAUAGACAAUUUGUUAACUAUGGUUAAAGUAUUAUAUGAUUUAGUCCCGAUGCCUUGCGAAGAAAUGAAUAAUGUGAUAGAAACUUUGAAACGUGUGUACGAUCUGAAUGGAAAUCGAUUUGAAAUUCCUAAUAUUUAGUAGUUUCUUAUAGUAGUAGUACUAGUUUUUUAUAAAACAAUUUUAUUGUUUGAUGUUAUAUAUGAUAGCUAUCGACUUUGUAAAUGGGCACGAGUGUCAAUAAAUCCAGUGGUGUCGUUCCGGGAUUAAUCGUGUGUAAUGUAAUCGUAUAUGUAUAAAUGUAAUGUUUGAAACGUUUGAAUUUUGUGAUGUACAUUUAUUGUAUGGUCUUUGUUAAAUAUGAAUAAACUGAGGUCUAAGGAAUAAAAUAUCGGCGAAAUGAUAUAAAUGUAAUAAUCUUUAAUAGCCGGUAAUAAUUAAAAUAUCAAUUUCAAUAUUUUCAUUGGUAUCGAUUAAUUAGGUAUUCCAAUAGUACUUUUACCUAGCGUCAAAGUAUACAGUUUGUAGUAUACAUUUGAGGUAGUGAAGAAGGUAGUAUGUGCAU